CCAUCCAAUUUUAGGUAUCGCGUGAAGGAAGUCCAAUUAUUCGAUUAUUAUGCCCGAAACAAAUUUGCGAUAUCCAAGAUUCCCGGUUUGGAGUUGAAGUCCCUCGCCUCCUGAAUUCCUCCCCCUAUAAAAUUUCUCCCCAGGAUACUUCUUCGCGUCGAACAAGAGUCUAAAAUAGUUGAAAUCGGGGUUUUACAUCAGCACCAUCUUCCCCAUUGAUAUAGGGUCCGGAAACUUCCGUUCCGAAGUAGAGAAAACCUCAAAGGCGUAAACCAUGAGUGCUGAUCAAACCCACCCCCACAAGCCAUCAUCAGAACCCAAUCUCUCACAACCCAAAGACUCUCACUCCCCCGAUUACGCUCCGUAUCCGAAACUCGAUCCCAAGGAUGUUGCUCCACCUCAGGAAAAUUGGACUUCCGUUUCCGUGUCCCAUCAACCGGUCAACGCUACUACCGACCCCGAAGUCCGCGCGACGAUUUCGGAAGAUGCUGCCACUACGAUGCCCAAAGAAUCUAAUCCGUACGUGACUCCUGCACCGGCGCCAGCCCCGUCAUCUUCUGUCAAGAAUACCUUAGAAUCAGUGAAAGAUGUUCUUGGGAAAUGGGGAAAGAAAGCAGCAGAGACUACCAAGAAGGCUGAGGAUCUUGCUGGGAAUAUGUGGCAGCACUUGAAAACAGGUCCUAGUUUUGCUGAUGCUGCUGUGGGAAGGAUUGCUCAGGGAACAAAAGUUCUUGCAGAAGGUGGCUAUGAAAAGAUUUUUAGACAAACUUUUGAGACUGUUCCAGAGGAGCAACUUUUGAAAACAUUUGCAUGCUACCUAUCCACUUCAGCUGGACCAGUAAUGGGAGUUUUAUAUCUGUCAACAGCGAAGCUAGCAUUUUGCAGUGACAAUCCACUUUCUUACAAAGUUGGUGAGGAGAGUCAAUGGAGCUAUUAUAAGGUGGUUAUUCCAUUGUAUCAGCUGAGAGCAGUGAAUCCAUCAACAAGUAGAAGCAAACCGUCCGAGAAAUAUAUACAGAUUAUCUCUGUUGACAACCAUGAGUUUUGGUUCAUGGGCUUUCUUCAUUAUGACAAUGCUGUUAAAAGUAUUCAAGGAGCAUUACAACCUCACUGAUGCGCACAGCUAUACAAAGGCGGUCACCAUGUAUCAUCUUUUCGCACAAGACUAGGUUGGUGAAUGAUGAAAUAUCCUGGGUGUUUAUUAAACAUUGGAUUUUUUUUUUCCCACUGCAUGUUAGUCCUUGGUCUGGUCUGGAGCUGCUUGUACUAUGUGCUAUUGGGGAAGUCAUUGUACUCAUUAUUUGGUUUGUCACAAGAUCAGUUCUUGUCCUUAGUGUUUAUGGUCUAAAAGUUGAACAAAAAUUAUAAGGGUCAGUAUGGUGUGAUUUACAUGUGAAUUCCAAAACUAUUCUUUAUAGUGCAAAUCAAUUUGUUUAUUGUUGAUUGAACGA